UCAUGGACAAUAUUCGCCACGUGUUUUCCGCUAGCUUUGUCACGUGUUAAAGCGUUGCCACGCGGGAUCAGCUUCCGCGCAAAUUUCAUUCGGCUCCUUCCUUUCCUCGCAUCGAUUUCUCCGAUUGCGCCGUGCUACCUACCGGAAAUUAAUCUACUACUAGAAAUUUUGGAUUUUGGAGGAUGCUUGGUAGCUUCUUAGGGGUUGAUUAAUGGAGGGCCGCAAUCUGAAGCAGCCGGAUCGUUCUUCCCCAGUGGAGAACUUUGAUAUCAGAAACCCUAGAUCGGGUGUUGUUGAUUCUCUCUCCAAUGAAUGGACAGAUGAGAAACACAAUUUGUAUCUCAGUUCCAUGGAAACAACAUUCGUCAAUCAACUAUAUGGUAAAGAACAUCUUUCUGGUAAUUUUAUGGGUUGGCUGUCGAGAACCCAGAAGAAGACAGAUUCAUCACAGUCAAAUCCCAAUAAAAACAAUUCUGAUCAGUUUAAGGUUCUGAGGCACGGCCGCUGGGAAGAUUUUAAAUUUGAUCUGGCAAAGAGCAAAGCAGUCAAUGGAAAUGAAUCUCGCCAUCUUUCGGCAAACUCCUGGGUUCAGCACUUCAAACCUUCUGCUGGUAAACACCCACAGGCAUCAGUUGAUGUGGACAAUAAUGGUUUUUCAAGUCGAUCGAUCAAAUUAAACAGUCCCACGAAUGAGAAGAGAACUUGUGCAAAGCCGCUUCCACUUGGUUAUCCUCUCAUGUUUCAUCAGGGUUCUAUCAGCAGCCGAGCAGAGGUCACCGAUCAAAAUUUUGUUGAUACUGAGUAUGAAGUAGCAGAAGAACCGAGUAGAUCAAGCAGUAAAAAGCGACCAAGGAGAUCUACUCAUUCAAAGAUCAUCGACCAAAUCGUCCCCUGCAACUCUGUCGCUGCAUCCAGCCACAGAAGUGAUUUUUUGAAAGAGAAUGAAGCAGAAUUCAGCAGAACAAUCAGGCAGCAGAAAAUUGAUGAACCUUCAGACUACAAUCACAAGGAGCCUGAAGGUCUGGGAUUUAAUAAUGGUUGAGCUUCGGAGUAGUUUGGC